UUAGGCUACCCAAGGAUCUAAGGAUAUGAACUCUAUAUCAAGAAAUGUCGCUACUGCUGUUAAUGACUUGAAAGAACAAACUCGCUUAAUCGAUAAUCGAAAAGAUCGAUGCACAUAUGAAUCAGAACGUGUGUAUACUGACAAUUACGAUCGCACUUCUGCUGAACUUCAAAGUUGUUUGGAUGGAAAAACCGAAGUACCAACUCCAACUGAACCACCAACUGAACCACCAACUGAACCACCAACCGAACCACCAACUGAACCACCAACUGAACCACCAACCGAACCACCAACUGAACCACCAACUGAACCACCAACUGAACCACCAACUGAACCACCAACCGAACCACCAACCGAACCACCAACCGAACCACCAACUGAACCACCAACUGAGCCCCCAACUGAACCACCAACUGAACCACCAACCGAGCCACCAACUGAACCACCAACCGAACCACCAACUGAACCACCAACCGAACCACCAACUGAACCACCAACCGAGCCACCAACUGAACCACCAACUGAGCCCCCAACUGAACCACCAACCGAACCACCAACCGAACCACCAACCGAACCACCAACUGAACCACCAACCGAGCCACCAACUGAACCACCAACUGAUACUUUAAAUGGAGUUAAUAAUUUUAAACAUUUUAAUAGAUUUAAUAGAAGACAAAUGAACAGAAAGCAUCAACAAAUAUAUAUGUAAAAUAUAUGUACACUAUAAAAUAUUAUUAUUAUUAUUAUAGAAACCAUGAAUAUAUAUUA